GGACGUAUAUUAGAAGGAUAGGAAAGUCCCUAUACCGCCUUGAUAGCAUCCGAGAAAUACCGCGUGCUACGAGAAAUCACGAGAUCUUGCAGAAAGCUUCAGCGGGAAGUGCCGCUUCGAGAUUUCUACAUCAAUUUGUUCUCAGGUGUUUUCAUUGACCAAUUUUACUAAACUGAUUGCCUUGCCAUUGACUAAGAAGUAUUAAAUAUUCAGAAUGCCUAAAAGGAAGAAAAGGCAGAAUGUGCCAUAUCACAGGAAAAGACGUGGAACUGGCAAAUUAAAAUUAGACAAAGGGCAAACUGAAAUACAUGCAAUUCCGCCAGACCUUGCACAUGAUGAAGAUCUUUUGCCAUCUGAAACAGAAGAGCUUAUAUGCACCAGUGUGGAUUCAGUCUCUUUGGAUCAUUCAUAUUUGUCUGAUAACCAGACAGUGGCAGAACUUUGUUUAGAUGAAGAAAUUGAUGUGGUUAUUGAUCAACAUAUUGAACUUGAAUGCCAAGAAGAGUGUGUAAUACAUGUAGUUUCAGAAGACCCUUACGAGGCAUUGAAAAAGACUGUUUGUACUAGUCUAACUUCUCCGUAUGUGUAUAAUUCUGCUGCCAGUGACAACUUGCAAAUUAUAGAACAUUAUCCGUCAUCGAAAAGUGUGUAUGUUAAAUUAAAUAUCAUAAUCAACAGAGAUUUUUCAGCUAAGGUAUAUGUUCACGGCAUCGAACUAAGUAGAGAACAUGACAUCUGGUUAGGAUUGCCAAGUGUGUAUGACAACAUAACAAGCAUUGAGAGACUAUUAUCUAAAUUAAGGAGUUAUACUGUUUGUAGUGGAAACCACGAGCAAGAGUUUCUAGAUAUUACUCCAGUUGGGAGCACCAUAGAGCAUGCAACAGAUGCACAGAGUUGUCGAGGUUUUAAAGAACAAGAUUUUGGUGCAGUUAAAGGGACUGUUAAUUACUCUUCAACAGUUCGCAAUGUCAGUUGUUUGUUACUAGUGCAAGGAAACAGAUGCUCACCAUGUACUCGUCUACGACGCAUUCUUAUAAGCAGAAAACACAGACUUGAAGAAAAAAAAAGGUUUUCUGAUGGCAGCACUCCAAAUUACAUUUCAAGGAACUAUAAGCAUUGCAACAUGUCACGAGAUGAGCUCAUUGGUAAAAUUUCACAGCAGAGAAAUGUCAUCACCAGUUUGCAAAACCAGAUUGCCCAAACUCAAAGACAGUUUCAACGGGAUUUAUCAGGAAGUGGUGUGACUCUAAGUGCAUGUCAGUCCAUUGAGAUGAGAGAUGCUAUGGCUUUAUGUUCAACCGAAAUGGAGAAAGCCUUCCCAGAUUCCAAUUGCUUUCAAAGACUUUUUUGGAGUGAACAAUUUAAAAGUGUUAACGUGAAAUCAGCUAAAGGAAUGAGAUGGCAUCCCAUGAUAAUUAGAUGGUGCUUGUAUCUUCGACAGAAGUCCAGUGCUGCAUAUGAUGCUUUGAGAGACUCUGGGUUUAUCACUUUACCAAGUGCCAGGACUUUGUUUGAUUACUCUCACUACACUAAAUGUGGUAAUGGUUAUCAACCAGAUGUUUUAAAUAUAUUGAAAUCUGAGGCAGAAAAGAAGGGCAUGUAUAACAAUGAUGAGCCAUGGCGAAAGUACGUUGGAAUACUAUUUGAUGAAAUUCAGGUUAAAUCAGAAUUGGUAUAUGACAAAUACAGUGGUGAAUUAAUAGGAUACUGUAAUUUAGACAAAGUUGGUAACCAGAUGAUGGAACUUGAUAAGAGUAUUAAAGGAACUGAACACUCAGACAUAGCCAAGUACAUGCUUGUUGUAAUGGUAAGGGGUGUAACUUGCGACCUACGGUUCCCAUUGGCCGGUUUUCCGACAACUAGCAUAACAGCAGAUUUUUUGUACCCCAUUAUUUGGAAGGCAGUACGCAUUCUAGAGACCAGCCUUGUUGACCUAAGGGUUUUAUUCAUUACUUGCGACGGUGCGUCAUCAAACAGGAGAUUUUUUAAACUUCACGGAGAGGACAAUGACUUUGUACACUAUGCAGAUAACCCGUACUCAUCUGACAACAGAGUUAUAUAUUUUAUUUCGGACGUACCCCAUCUUAUUAAAACCACACGCAACUGUUUUUGCAAUUCAUUCUCUCAUAAAAAUACUCGAAAAAUGUGGAAAGACGGUAAAGACAUUUCUUGGCUUCAUUUGCUUAAUUUAUUCGAACAGCAUUGCGAACUGUCAUUAUACAGCCCAUGUCCCAAAUUAACAAGAAAACAUAUCGACAUGUCAACAUUUGGGUGCAUGAAGGUGAAUUUUGCUGCACAGGUCUUGAGUUCAACUGUAGCUAAUGCAUUGGAAAUGAUAUAUGGAGACAAUGUCACAGAGACAGUGAACUUUAUAAGGGUUAUGAACCGGUUUUUUGACUGUUUGAAUGUGCGAAGCCUGUACGAAGGUCGUAACAAACGAAAUCCGGAUUUGAAUCCCUACAAUUCUUCAAAUGAUGAAAGACUGAGGUGGUUAAAAGAGGAUUUCCUGAACUACUUCAGUGAAUGGGAGCAAGCCGUCAUGAAUCGUGUAGGAAAUUUCACUUUGAAAGACCGGAAGGGGAUGCUGCUUAGUCAUCAGACUAUUACUGGACUGAAAAUAAGUGUGCAUUCGAUUGUUGCAAGUGUGAAAUUUUUAUUAAACAGUGGUGCUAAGUUUGUUCUCACUCACUCUUUUAAUCAGGAUCCUCUUGAACAGGAGUUUGGACAUUACCGUCAUAGAGUUGGUGACAACAGUAACCCAACAGUGUAUGAGGUUCGACACAUGAUGAACCAAAUGCGUGCAGUAGGAGCAGUUGCUUUAGCUCCGAAGAGAGGGAAUAUCCACCGAGAGAAUGACGAAAACCGUUUUGUAAUUGACGAUUCAAAGUUACCCAAGAGAUAAGCUUUAGUUGUACAUUAGUAACAAUGUCAUGAUUGCAAUUCUUUUCAAACUUCAAAAAGUUAUGAAUAGUUUUAAUUUAGAUUUUAAUGUUUCCCCAUAUUUUACCAGUAUUCAUGAAGAAUUGCUAAAAGUACAUGAAAGUUCAAAGUAAAUACAAUAUUCUGGAUGUGGAUCUUUUAAAUUCUUGUUUACUAAUAUUUCAUUAUUUAUGAUAUAUACAUGUAUAUGAAGUGUGCCAAUAUAGGAAAACUUUACUUUUGUCCCUAAAUAUACAUGUAGGUUCUUAUGAAUUUAUGUGUAUAUAUAUAUUAAUUGUUUUCUGUUUAGUAUUUAAUUAAUAUUAAGAUCCAUUUUGUUACAUUUUGUGAUCAAUUUAUUUGGCAAUCGCCAGUGGCAGUCAGCAGGGUUUAAGAACAUCAGUUGUUCGACCUGUUAGUCAAAUGCGUUUUGUUAAAAUAUACUUUUUCACUUUUUUGGUCUUCUGGAAAAUGUUGUUUGUGCUGUAUUUAGACCCUUCUAAAACGAAAUUUGUUUUACAUGCACACGUAUAAAAAUAGCGGUUUUUAUCCAAAGCAAUCAUAGGUUUGAACGUAGUUUUCAAUUUAGACUUGUAUAUAUAUAUAUAUAUAUAUAGAUACAAUGGACAAUUCAAAGUUAGACACUUUAAUAAAAUAAAUCUUAUCUUAUCUUGUAUAGUGUACAUAUUGUAUAAAGUUCUACUUCUGGACACAAUUUUUAUAAAACAUGUUUUUCAUAGAAAUAAUUUUUUUAUAGUAAAAUUGGUUGUAAAAAACAAAUUGAUUCGUAUUAAAAUGGAAAUAUUUAUUAAGUCAUUUCAACAGCUAUUUUUAGGAUUAUUUUUAGCAGCUAAUCAAAAUGAAAAAAUGUUCACACAAAAAAUGUAAUUAGUACUAGCGAGGAUAAUAAUAAUAUGAUUUUAUUUGUACAUAUACUUUGGACAUAUAUCUAUUAAAUAUAUCUUGAUUUACUGAUUUUGUGUGUGUAAUUUGUGUUGUGUAUAUAUGUAAUAUAUGUUGCGUGUUUGAGAUAAAUAGAUUUAAAUCUAAAUUG